AUGGAUAUAUUAUCGAAGACUAAGGUGCAUCGUGGCGUCACCAAGAAUAUGAAAGCUGUUAGAUUUGUUGAUCCGACAUGUCGCUUUGAUAGUGGAUCUUCGAUUUCAGACUCCCACGCCUCCAUACCGAUGAAAUCGGAUGAACUACCAGCAGCACAACAUCAUCAGCAAAAGUGCAUAGAAUCUUUCAGAGACCCAGACCUCUACUGCGUUGAAAGAAGGAGCAGCAUUUCUGAGCAAGACAUUCUACAAGAUAUCCCUCGAAGAGAUACUGCAAAGGCUGAUGGAAGUCCAGUAGAAUCAAUAUUGAAGAAGGGAAAAAUUAGCAAAUAUUCUGCAGCUCGGACUCUCUUUGGAAGUGAUAGUUCCUUGGCAUCCAAUCCAUGGAAUAUCUCGCAUGACUCGCAUGACCUGAUUGCACCACUCAUUCCAGAGCGAUAUAUUUCGGAAGAUGUCAGCACUGAUGAUAGUCUGGAGGCGUCCAUAGAUUCGAGCAUUCCAACAGCAAAGCAGAGAAGGGAAUCAAAUCGAGAUGUGUUUCUUCGCCAGUUCCUCAGAAUAGAUGAAGUCGGCGACUAG